UGGAUUAUUAAAGAGUUAGAGGAUGAGUCAGGAACAAUUCAGUUUGAGACGGUCACUCGUAAGUCUUCCAAAAGCAGAGCCAUCUGGAGGUGCCUCUCUCACACGCAGGGGUGGAGGAGGUGGAAGGCGACAGGGCAGCCAGCGCCGGCCGGGGCAUCCUCCGGCCCACAUAAACUGCCCUCAGCCAGAAGGCUUCCACGGAUUCCUGGUGGACUUAAUCGACUUACUCAGCAGCGAGAUGAAUUUCACGUACACCCUGUACGAGGUGUGCGACAACAACUACGGGUCGAGGAAGGGCGGGAACUGGACGGGCGUCGUGGGCGAGGUGAUCAACGGAUACGCCCACAUUGGUCUCGGAAACCUCGGCGCCAAUUACGCCCGCAGCUUGGCCGUGUCCUUUCCCCUCUGUGUCCACCAGUUACGGCGGGGCAGGCAUCAUCUACAGGAGGCCCCAGGGACUGAGGGACGACCUUCUCGCCGUUUUCCUUCUUCCUUUCUCAAAGAAGGUGUGGUUCUGUAUCGUCGCCUCCCUGCCCGUGGUCGCCUUCGCCAUCCACCUUGCCACGCGACCUCUCUCGCACCUUCGCCGGUGUCUCCCUGCCAGGCACAGGCCUACGUCGCGAGGCCGAGCGACGGAGCUAGGGCUGUCUGUAAGUCCUCGGCCACGUCGGUGCACGACUAAGGACAAGGACAAG